CCACGGAAAAUCUGAGUGUUUUAAAGCAGUAUUUAUAAUUAUAAAUUUAAUUUCUAUGCACGACGAAUUGAUUCUAUUCCCCGUUGAGAUUACUUGAGUUGGUUGUAGAUCAACGUCCGGCGUGCGUCACAAUCUUGAAGCGCUACUGCGGCCCCCAAUGCCAGGAUCAGUGUCGACUGUCUAGUGUCGACGGCGUGAGUUGUUGCAAGAUCACCAGAGUUAACCGCGCCUACAAACACCGGCAUCCCUCCUCGGCACGCAGUUGGCGGUGAAAAAUGUUAUCUAAAUUAAUUUAGCAAAAAUUCAACUUACAAGUACAAAAUGGGCCAACGAGUAUCGCAAACUGAUUUUGAAUGGGUUUAUACGGAGGAGCCUCACGCUAGCAGACGAAAAAUAAUACUGGAAAAAUAUCCACAAAUAAAGAAACUUUUUGGGUACGAUCCAAAUUUUAAAUGGGUUGUUACUGCCAUGGUUCUAGUACAAUUUGCAUCGAUGUUUAUCAUUAAGGAUCUGAGUUACCCGAUGAUUUUUUUAGUGGCUUACUGUUUCGGCGGAGUAAUUAAUCAUUCGCUUAUGCUUGCUAUACAUGAAAUAUCACAUAAUCUUGCUUUUGGUCACGCUAGACCACUAGCAAAUAAAAUAUUUGGCUUCUUUGCCAAUUUGCCUAUUGGAAUCCCAGUCUCUAUCAGCUUUAAAAAGUAUCAUCUUGAACAUCAUCGGUAUCAAGGAGACGAGAAGUUGGAUACUGACUUGCCUACUCUCAUUGAAGCAAAACUAUUCUGCACAACUUUUGGAAAGCUUUGUUGGGUGUUACUGCAACCAUUUUUCUAUGCCUUCAGGCCUUUGGUAACAUAUCCUAAGGCUCCGACGACAUUGGAAUAUAUUAACUUAGUUAUUCAAUUGAUAUUUGAUGCGAUUGUUUGGUACUUUUUAGGUGGUAAAGUCUUGGUCUAUUUUAUAUUCGGUUCAGUUAUGGCAAUGGGGCUGCAUCCAGUUGCUGGACAUUUCAUAUCUGAACAUUACAUGUACAAGAAAGGAUUUGAAACAUAUAGUUACUACGGACCACUAAACUUCAUUACAUUCAAUGUCGGAUAUCACAAUGAGCAUCACGAUUUUCCUUCAGUUCCUGGCUCUAGAUUGCCUGAGGUGAAACGCAUCGCUCCUGAAUUCUAUGAUGAUCUCCCACAACACAAUUCGUGGGUUUCCGUUCUCUACGACUUUGUGAUGGAUCCAGAAAUCGGACCAUACGCUCGUAUAAAGAGGAAGCAUAGGGGUUUAGCGUCCUAGAGCUGAAAACUAAUUAGAGGAAACAUAUUUUUUGAAACUAUAAUCAAAAUCAUGUUUAACGUUUAUAUGUACAGUACAUUAUACAAGAAAAUUGCAUACAUGAAUUUUUUCAUAAUUGUAUGCUAACGACGAUAUUGCACAAAUGAUUCAUUGCCAGUAUUAAAUGACUGGAAUUUCAUAAUUCACGAUUUACUUUGAGAGAAGGGGGAGUUUUCAAAACCGUAAUGGUUGAAAUAAUCCGCGAGAUUUGAUAAAAGUUGAAAAUAUCAUAGCUCAGAUAGCAAAUCUGUGCCCUCUCACAUCAUCUAAUACUCUAUAUCAGGAAAUGUUGUUAGUUGCUGGGUAUCUUCCAAUAUUUCGUAUAAAUACAUCAAGUAUUUAGUAAUUAGAGUUUUAUGGAAAAGUCAGCAGUGUAAUUCAAUGAAACUGUAAGGAAUAACAAAAAACAAUGCCUUCCUAUAAAAUAAUGCAAGAUUUGGAUGUGCUAUAGAAUUUAUGCAAAUCUAAUUUUGGCGUAUGAGAAAUUGUCUAAUUGAAUAUCAGUAUCAUAGUUUGAGGUCUGAAACUGUACACAUAUAUUUUCUUUGAAUAGAUCUAAUUUUCUCCAUAAAUAUUGUUUUGUUUAUAACCUGCGGUCGAGAUUCACAAAAAAUUGGAGUGAGAAAAAAUAGGCUCCUGGUAGUCUAUAUUAAUUUUACGGCAACUUUCUGUCGGACGUGUAAUAAUAUAAGCAUCUGCGGAGCUUGAAGUAUGCCUUGAAGUUGUAAUUACAGAUAUUUCCGCAAAUGUAAUUAAUAAUUUAAUUUAAUAUACUUGAUAAUUGGAAACUGCAUGGCAAUGGGAUUCUUUGGCUUCUGCGCAAGUCAAGGGUGUUGCUAGUGAUAUUAAGUUGAAUAAUGCUAAGAUAAACACGUGUGAAACUUUUAUUUCCAUAUAUUAGUGCCACGGGAUGUUUUCCCUAGCACAGUGAGUCAAUAAACGCACCAGGUGAACCUGAGGCUAUAAUAAUAUACUAAUCCUGAAUCACUGA